AUGCCUCUUUCCGGAUUCCUGGGCAAUAGCAAACAGGCCUAUCUCGACGGUGUCAAAGAAAGCGAAGGUCAGGAAUGGACGAUAGUUAUGGGCAACGAGGCGGGAGACCUCGACUCCGUUGCGAGUGCCGUGGCUUACGCCUGGUAUAUCUAUACGAUCCUGAAGGAGCCGUCUGUGGCGCUCAUGCAGACGCCACGGACGGACCUGCAUUUGCGUGCUGAGAAUCUUCAUGCUCUCUCACUUGCUGGGCUGAGCCCUGCUGAUUUACUGUGCAUUGACGACGUUCCUUACAAGAGGCCUGGUCCAUUCCCCUCGACCAAGUUCGCUCUCGUCGAUCACAACCGCCUGCAGGGCCAGUUCACGCAAGAAAACCACGGAGCUCGUGUCGUGGCCGUCGUGGAUCAUCAUGAGGAUGAGGGUUUCUACAAGGAUACCGCGGACCCACGGAUUAUCACGACAGGCAUCGGAAGUUGUGCCUCGAUUGUCGCAUGCUAUCUCGAAGAGAAGUGCCGAGACCAUAUCCCGCCUGAGCUGGCGUCAUUGCUUCUAUCUGCGAUCGUGGUUGAUACCUCUGGCCUUCUACCCGGAAAGAAAGCAGUUGAGAUUGAUCACCGGGCGGCUACUUUCCUCGCGUCGCGCUCUAAACCGCCUGUCCUGUCAGACGCUGCUGCAUUCAUCGCUGCACCCGUGCCCUCACUUCACGAGUUGCCCGCACUACGGGAGCUCUCCGACACACUGCAGACGAAGAAAGCAUCGGUCUCGCAUCUGCGGACGCGCGACCUGCUACGGCGAGACUACAAAGAAUACGCGCUCACGUCGUCAUGGGCGUCUGGUGGUGCGGUACUCAUUGGCCUUGCCUCUGUGCCCGUCGGCCUUGCGGCGUGGCUCCCGCUUGAGGGUAGUUCGGAAUUUUCGAGGGCCACUCGGGCAUGGAUGGACGAACGUGGGCUCACUGCACUGGGGGUGCUGACAUCGUUCCGCGAUGAUCACAAGCCCGGACAAAGCGGGCGUGGAAAGCAUCGCCGCGAGCAGCUGUGGGUCGUGCGUGCGGGCAAUAAGGCCGGGGAGGAGCUUGGCGAGCGGCUAUUCCGAGGUCUGGAGGCGAGCGAGCAACUGAGGCUGAAGGACAAGAAGUGGAAGAAAGUGGGCGUGGAGGAGGGUGCAGGCUUUGGGGAGAGCUGGCGUGUGCGAGUGUGGAAGCAGAAGAAUGCGGAUGCGACGCGGAAAGCUACGGCGCCGAUCAUGAAGGCGAUCAUAGAGGGUGACCAUGGCGCGCAAGGGUUACAGUCGGGCCUCUGA